AUGUCAGGAAAGGCAACAACAGGAAAAUCAUGGGCCGAUAAAUUUGAUGCCGUGGCUUUGAAUUCAAUUUAUACAGAAACAUUUAAGAAAGAGCACAAGCAUUAUAAACUGAAGGAGGAAUAUACAACUCAUCCUGGAAGAAUUGACGUGGUUACAGACAAGCCCAAUAAGAGAGGAAAACAUUUUUUAGAUAAGGACGAAGCACUGAUCGAGAGUAUAAUUUCGCGAUUGGCACCAGAACAAAUCGAAAAAUUUGAACAGACCGUAGGUGAGCCUGUCAACAAUCUUCUUUCAAAGAGUCAAAAGCCAGCCACACCGGAGAAGGAAGAAAUGCUCAGAACGGCUCAAGAGCAAGAUCGUUUGUUUUUAGAGACGAGAGAAAACCUUGCCAAGAAACCUACAGAGCGAUUUUCCAAGCCACAAACAAGCGCACAAACGGUGGGAUGGUUCCAUCAACAAGACACCUCACUUAGAACCACACAUUCCCAUAAGCCAAAAAAGAGUUGUGAGGAGACAUUGUUCGCCAAUCACCUUGUACAAUUUAAAGCAAAUAUUAGAGAAACAUCUAAAGGAUCUGCUCCUCAAAAGAAAUAA